AUGUCCAUGUGGGCCCCACAUGGGUUAAAUAUGGGCUAUGCUGAGGAGGUAGCAGCAGCCGAGCGAGGAGGUCCAGAGGAGGAUGAGGAGGGAGGAGAACGAAGACUCAUAGGGCCAGGAAGAGGAAAGAUUGGCCCCAAUGCUCCUGUAUACUGUGUCUGCAGGAAACCAGAUAUUAACUGUUUCAUGAUAGGGUGUGACUGCUGCACUGAGUGGUUUCAUGGAAACUGUAUUGGAGUUUCGGAGAAAGCAGCUAAAUCCAUCAGAGUGUGGUACUGUCCGUCCUGCAAAGAAAAAGACUCAUCUCUGGAGAUAAAAUACCGUCCAAAGAAGACUAAGGAGAAGGAAGAGAAGGAGGAGAACGAGGCGGAGCCAGAGAGGGAGGACAAACCCGACGGAGAUGGCCGCUCCACCCCCCAACCGAAAAUGGACAGGAGGCGGGGCUCACAGAUCAAGCGUUCAGCCCGGAUGUGCGGCGAGUGUGACGCCUGUCUGAGGACGGAGGACUGCGCUCAGUGUGACUUCUGUAAAGACAUGAAGAAGUUUGGAGGUCCGAACAAAAUCCGACAGAAGUGUCGACUGAGACAGUGUGAGGUCCGAGCCCGGAAGAUGCUUCGUGUCAAAGAUGAGGAGAUGGGUCGGAGCGGUGGCAGAGGGCGCAGCCUCCAGAGGAAAGGGCCGGGGCAUCAGACAGAAGAGGAGGAAGAGGAGGAUGGGGAGGAUAUGGUGUUCAGCGAGAGCGAGCUGGAGCUGUACGAGCAGUAUAAAGCAGCCGGCUACAGAGACCUGGUGUGGCACAGCGAGGAAGAGGAAGACGGUCAGUCGGACUCUACGAGGAAGAAGGCGGUGAAGGUGAAGCACGUGAAGAGACGAGAGAAGAAGACCGAGAAGACGGAGAAGACGGAGAAGACUGAGAAGAAGUCCGUCUCUGCUCCCAAAGAGGAGGUGAAGCUGCGGCGUCACAAAGCGAAGCAGCGCCACAGGGAGCGUGUGCGGCACAGCGAGCGAGGAGGCGAGGGCGGGGUUAAGGAAGUGGGCGGGGCUAUGCGGCAGUGUCUGGGUCCGGGCUGCGUUGAACUGGCGAGAGCAAACUCCAAAUACUGCUCGGAGGACUGCGGCAUGAAGCUCGCUGCCAAUCGUAUCUAUGAGAUCCUCCCUCAGAGGAUCCAGCAGUGGCAGCAGAGUCCAUGCGUUGCUGAGGAGAUGGGGCGCAGACAGCUGGAGCGAAUCAGGAGGGAGCAGCAGGCGGCCCGGCUCCGCCUCACAUCGAUGGAGAAAAGGUUUCACGAGCUCGAAGGCAUCAUCGCCAACGCCAAACUGCAACAAGUACAACACGACGAGGAGGUGACUGAAGGUGAAGGCGAUGACACGGACCUCCAGAUCUUCUGUGUUUCCUGCAGUCACCCCGUCAACCCGAAGGUGGCGCUGAGACACAUGGAGAGGUGCUACGCCAAGUAUGAGAGUCAGACAUCGUUUGGAUCCAUGUACCCGACUCGCAUAGAAGGAGCCACCCGGUUGUUCUGUGACGUGUACAACCCUCAGAGUAAAACGUACUGUAAGCGGCUCCAGGUUUUGUGUCCUGAACACUCCAGAGAUCCAAAGGUCCCAGCUGACGAGGUGUGCGGCUGUCCUCUGGUUAAAGACGUCUUUGAGCCGACCGGAGAGUUCUGUCGUGUUUCUAAGAGGAAGUGUAACAAACAUUACUGCUGGGAGAAACUUCGCCGUGCUGAGGUCGACCUCGAGAGAGUCCGAGUGUGGUAUAAACUGGACGAGCUGUUCGAGCAGGAGAGGAAUCUGAGGACGGCGAUGACGAAUCGAGCUGGUUUAUUGGCUCUGAUGCUGCACCAAACCAUCCAGCAUGACCCAAUCACCACCGACCUGCGCUCCGCCAAGGACAGGUAGACAGUCGGGUAGAAAGUACAGAGAGAAGCAUAGACAGGUAGAG